CCAAGCCAACACUGGCCCCCAAUCCAUUCGACCAAUGACAGUUCUCGCUUCCAGUCCAUACCAGCGUCUUCUUCUCUCUCAUAUUAUCGCCUUUGAGGUCAAGGGUCAGUCCCUACCAUGUCGGCCCCCUCACUACUGUCCAGUGGUCUAUCAUCAACUCUGAGCGGUGGGCUCGGUGAGCAUAACCAUGCCCCACACGGCGGUCCACUUGCAGGCGAGCAGUUCGACGAAACAAACCCGCUCCUGCCGUCCGCCUCUGCCGUAAUCCCUCCUCUCCCGUACCAAGCGGCCCUGCAGAAUGCCCGGCUGCUCAUGCGGAUGACUCCGCUGCCCGUGAUGCAGCUCGCCUGCCUCUGCGCCCUGCACCUCGUUGAGCCGAUGGUAAUGGGCCAAAUCUCACCCUCCGUCAACGCGAUGUUGGCAGACUUUCGACCUGCACUGCCUGAGGUGGGGGAAGACAUGCCUGCGUCCGCUGGACCGCUCAGCGGGAUCUUCGACAGCGCGUUCUCGACGAUGCAGCUGUUCGCGGUCCACCAGCUGGUCAGGAUCUCUGACAAAAUAGGCCGGCGACCCAUCAUGCUGUGGAGCGUCGCGGGCAUGGCGAUGAGUAGCUUUUUAUUUGGCUUCUCCCGCUCUGUCCCCGUCGCUGUUCUCAUCUCUUGCAUCACUAGCUUGUCGUCUGCGAACAUGGCCGUCGUGACGUCGAUGCUGGGCGAGAUCACCGACUCGUCAAACCAAGCCAUCGCGUUCUCUGUGUUCGGCUUCGCAGAGCCGCUGGGCAACACAGUUGGGGCUUUCAUCGGCACCACAUUCUCGAAUCCAGCGGCGACGUACCCCCGCGUCUGCGACAACUUCUUCUUCCGCGCCUUUCCUAAUUUCCUGUCGGGUAUUUUGACGGCAGGCGUCGCGUUCGCGUGCAUGAAUUUUGCGUACCAUUUCAUGAACGAAGUACGGCACAACCGCUCAAUAAUCACCCACGGGAUCAUCGCACUGCUCUCCGCGCCGCAUCUCCGCGCGGUCUGCCUCUCUGGCCUCGCGCUCAGCUUCAUCGCCACUGCGCACGACACCGCGUUCGCGCUGCUAAGCACUGCGCCCAUCGAAACGGGCGGCCUCGCAUUUUCGACGGCGGACGCGGAGUAUUGCCUCGUGCUCGCGGGCGGCCUCGCCUCGCUCUUGCAACUCCUAGUCCUCCCGCUACUCCUCGCACGCCACGGGCACGCGCGCGUGCACAGCGCCUGCGCCGCGCUCUGGCCCUGGUGCUUCGCGCUUCUACCGCUUGCCAACGCCGCAGCCUGGCUCGGGCUCCCCGACGAGGCCGGCGAUCGCAGAGACGCCCCGCGCGGGCUCGAGCACGUCCAUCCGCGCGCCCGCGCGGUGGUGUGGGGCGGAGUCGUCGCGAUGAUCGCGCUCGCGAAGAGCGCCCGGAUGGCAUUCUCGAUAAACAUGAUUCUCGUCAAGGAGCGCGCGCCAAACGCGGCAUCGCUCGGCGCCGCCAAUGGGCUCUCGCAGUCUGGGAUGGCGCUCGCGCAGGCGGCUGCGAGCGCCUUUGUAAAUGCGCUGGCAGCGCUGUCGCUCGGGCACGAGGGGGCAAGGCAGUACCUGUGGAUCGUGGGGCUCGUGAUUAUAUCGUUCGUGGGGUUGUGGUCCGCGAAGGAUGUCGAGAGGGGCGUCGAGGACUAG